CUUUAGUUUGCCGUCAAAAGCGUGUUGUACCAAGAACUAAAGUCGGAUAUGUGUAAGGAAGUGGUCAGUCGUCGACUCAGCUGUCAAAAAGUGCAGUUCAACCACCGUCUUCCGCCACAAAACUCAACCAGCGAUACGAUUGAAGAUUUGUAAGUUCUGUCUAUACUUCAAGAGGGUAGCAGACGUAAAAGACAAACAAGCUAAACCAUUCAAGAAAUCCAGUUUUAUUGUUUCUUAUAGCAUUGAUGGGGGCCAAAACCUCAAAGAAGAAUAGACAAGUACCUGGAUUCGAGGAUCCAGCAAUACUAGCUUCCGAAACACCUUUCACUGUGAGUGAAGUGGAGGCUUUGCAUGAACUAUACAGGAAGCUAAGCAGUUCAAUUGUUGAUGAUGGCCUUAUUCAGAAGGAAGAACUUGCAUUUGCACUAUUCAGGAGUACCAACAGGCAGAACCUUUUUGCAGAUAGGAUAUUUGAUCUAUUCGAUGUCAAGCGGAAUGGGCACAUUGAUUUUGGAGAAUUUGUGAGAACAUUGAGCAUCUUUCACCCGAGAACUCCUGAAGCUGAAAAAGUUCAAUGUGCAUUCAAGCUUUACGACUUGAGGCGUACUGGGCACAUAGAGCGUGAAGAGUUAAAGGAGAUGGUAUCAGCUCUUCUCCAUGAAUCUGAUUUGAGUCUAUCCAAUGAUAUAAUAGAAACCAUAGUCGAUAAGACAUUCAGAGAAGCCGACAUAAAUGGUGAUGGCAAGAUUGAUCAACAAGAGUGGAAAGAAUAUGCAGCCAAGAACCCAGCAUUGUUGAGAAACAUGACUCUUCCAUAUCUAAUGGAUAUAACUCUAGCGUUCCCCAGCUUCGUGAUGCACACAGAAGCAGAAGAUUCUAAACUGGCAGGAUAAAUAUAUCCCCCAUCAACUACAACCAUUUUUCAUGCAAAUGCAAGGCGUUCCAUCAUUAAGUAAAGCAGGGACAGUCUGAUGCAAGUUGACAUGGAAAGCUGGUGAUUCUGGGCGCUUUGGGAACAAGAUUUGGUUUCUUUCUUUUAACUGUACAGAAGCAAGCUUUGAGCUGUACACGUUUCACUGUUCUGGGGCUGAAAGAGCCCAAAUACACAGCUAAUAGUUUCUUUGUAUUCAUCGAAAUUGCGUUUCAAAAUCUUGGCGUCCCGCUGAUCAUGUGGAAAUUUCUUUUAUGUGGGCAAAGUUCUUACGUUUUACCUAAUUAUCAUAGUGAUGAUGAUUUCAGAUUGAAACAUCCAAAGUAGUUUUCAUAUGGCUGGCAUUUAGCAGCAGCAAGGUUGUCAUAAAUGAGAAAAAACACUGUCCAUCCAUCCAAAAGUCAAGUCUAACAAAUGCAUUCAGAAGAGUCAUCGCAUUGUUGGGGUGGGGAAGCGAAGCUGCAUACCAACUUCCAAGCGCUAGGAAACACACAAGGAAUGUGAUUUCAAACUUCAAAGGAGACUUUUGAACGUUACAACUCUGCAAAUAGCUUCUCGCCACUGACUGAAUAUUCCGUCGCGAAAAGGAAACGGACAGUUUUUCUUGUCUUGGACACCAAGAAUUGGAGACCAACUGUAUUCUCAAUCAGUUUUUUUAAGUUUAUGCAUAUUACUAAUUAUUAUGUGUAAAACUAAUUAUGUAAUUAGUGUUUUUAAUCCGCGGGAUCAUAUUAUUGUUAGUUGCAUUUUCUCCGUAUUUUGACUGUAUUGAUAAUUGGUCCGAAUUGUAUUAGUAUCUGCGUAUUAUUGGUCUAUUUUUCUGGUGUUGUAUUUAAUUAUACUAUUUCGAGUUUAGAGGGGAAAUUCUGUAACGGCGUUAGGAAUGAACAUUCCCCGUCAAGAAGUCGUUUUUCAACGCCCCAGACAAAACACCGACGGCUAAACCGCGUUGUUUUUCUUUUCCUCCAACCAAAAUCCCAACUUUUCUCUAUCUGCAGACGCCAGACAGAAAAGAAUCCCUCAUUUCUCCUCUGCCUUUUUCUCUGUAUUCCCCGCGAAGCCCCUGAUAUCCGUUCAGUUUCUCGCCAAUUUUUACCCCUCCUCUCCCGUCAACUCUACUGGGAGCACCGAUUUUCGUUGGUUCUUGCUCUCCGUUAAGAACCCAUUUCUUCAGCUCAGCUGCUUGCCCCUGUUCAAUAAUUUCGGAGGCUGCGUUUAGUUGAAUCCCUCAAAGAUCGAGUCUUGAUAAGUUUGUGUUCUGUUCCUUUUAUUUAUUUAUUUAUUUUGCUUUCGGGUUGUUUUGUAACUGGAUUGUCAAUGGGCAAUCACGACUUC